AUGUUUCCCGCAUCCACAUCAUCCUCUCGCCACGCCCAACGUGAUGGGCGCCGAUCUGCUCGAGGUGCAGAUAUUGACGAAGCUGGUCGGCGCGGAAGUUUCACGUCGGACGAUAAAGAGGGGCUUCCCGCUUACGACGGCCGAGGCUCUCCCCCGAAGCUCGAGUGGUUGGAGCGGGGCAAAGCCGGUAUAACGAUCGAGGAAGACCUAGACAGGUCCAUGUCUAUACAAGUCCUUGCCUCGUCCAUGAAGGAGCACGAAUAGAGCGAUAAUGUUGCCUUGGAUUCAGUCGCCUUCAACCGCGCCUCAGCAUUCCUCGCUGCAUCACGCUCUUGUCAUCAAAGUACAACGCGACUGUACUCGAAGAUAGCGCUUCCCAACAUUCGUUCGCCGGCCGUUGCUUGUAACGAUGUACGAAUCUCACGAAGGCCCGCAAAAGCCUUGUAAACGUCCGCUCAAUGGUACUUGGUUCCUCAUGGGCGGAACCUCGCCAAAUGGAGCCUUGGUACCUUGGUCCAUGCGCACUGAGUGUGUCUAGUUCGCUCCCGCCCGAGCUCGCUGACGGCGUCGCUCUCAGCGCGAUACAUAAAACACAAGGCAUGCCUUUCAGGGAGAGACAUUGCUCGGCACGUGACGCCGACUUUGUGGCUGUCCGUCCGAUUAGCUGAAAUUGCCGGUACAGGCCGGCACCUGCCAUUUCGGGUCAC